AUGUUCGCUUCAACAUUGAAUCAUGCAGAAGAAUUUCUGAAAAGUAUAUGCUGUGAUCAAUGUCAUCAGCUAUCGGAUAAGUUACAGUUUAUUGGAUCAUCAUGCAAGCAUGUUUUUUGCUGGACAUGUGUCAACACAAUUUGCGAUGGAAAGUCUUUCCCAUUAUGUCCACAGUGUUUACUACCCGUUGGAUUACAGCAUAUGAAGUCCGCCACUUUUGCUGAUCAGCUUUUCCAAAAUCUUUUAUCUCUGAAAGAAACUCUAUCUGACUUUACCAUUUCCCAAUAUGAUCGACAAGUUAUGCUUAGUCUAGUUGAAACAGAUAAACAGCGAAGAACUGUGGAAGAGUUUUGUUCUACACAGGAAUGUGUUAAAAUCGAAGACGAUGUUAAUCAUCCCAACAUAAAUGAGCAACGUAAUGGAUUACCGUCAGAAACAUCUCCUGUUUCGAGUGGUAAUGUUUUGGACCUUGUUUCGCUAUCAGGCGAUGUUACACCAUCCACGAAACUAAAUGAUACUGUUAUUGCUAGAACUUCUAUCCAAAAUGAUGUUAUAAUGACUCAGCAAUUACGUGUUUAUGAUGAACCAGAGAAAUUUCAAUUCUUCAAGGAACCACCCCGAAAUACUUUUGGUAGAGCUGUAGCAAAGAAAAGGAUGUCAACUGAUUCCGAACUUGGAUUGAAAAAUUGGGGCGCUAAAAAUCUAAGUACAAUCCCAUUAAAAAUAACAAUAGCACAAAAUUCUCAUAAAUCACCAGUUCAACGAUAUGAAUAUAAUCUAAAUGGAGAAGAUGCUAAUGAAAGUGACAAUCUUGGUUUCACAGCGCUUUAUCAUGCUGCAGCUCAUAAUUACACUGAAAUUUGCAAAAUUUUGAUUGAAAAUGGUGCUCUCAUCGAUGCGCAUGGUGGAGAGUUAUGCGAAACAGCUCUUCACGCAGCUGUGCGUUGGCAGGCUGUUGAUGUUGUAGAAUACUUGUUAUCAAAGGGAGCAAAUAGACGAGCGCGUAACUUAAAAGAUGAAACACCAAUGGAUUUGAUUAAAGAUGAUGAAAUGCGAGCAGUUUUUGACAGAAUUUCCCAUCCGAUUCAAAUGGUAUAUCCUUCUCGAAAAUCCAAAAAAUAUUCUGUCUUCCUAUCGACAACAUUACCGAAUUUAAACAUUGAACGUGGCAAACUUUCAUUCAGUGAUCUGUUACAAAAUACUAUGAAUUUAGAAAAUGCCACACAUUUUGUUGUUCAAGCAGGGAAAAACCGAGCAACAGAAAUCAAUGUUGAAAUUUUGGAAGCUAUGCUGCGUGGACAAUAUAUUUUAACCAGUGAAUGGUUGAAUGCAUGUUUGGAAGCAAAUGACAUCGUAGAUGAAGAGUUGUAUGAAAUUUCAACAAUUAUUCGUAAUGGUCAACUGCUUGCUAAAAAUUCAUGUUCUACAGCCAGAAUAAAUUAUGCUAGAAUGGAGCCAGAGCUUUUUCGAGGAUGUCACUUUUAUUUUUGCAAGCACAAAUACUUACCAUAUCGAGAAAAUGAAGUCAAGAAACUAGUUCGAUUAGCUGGAGGUGUAAUACUUGGAAGAGAACCCAAAAUAGAGGAAUAUAUCGAGAGUGGACUAAGGCCAUAUCAUGCGAAAAGAGCAGGAAAUAAUUUAAAUGAGCUGUUUGGUUUAUUCGUAGUGUAUAUGCCAGGCCAGUCUAUUCCACAACGGGUUACGAAGCAAAAAUUUAUCAGCCUUAUUACGCCAAUUUGGAUAAUGGAAUGUAUCGCGAAAUUUACACUUUUGCGACCCGAAGAUCAAUGA